AUGCAAGACAUCGGAAUCGACUCAUUGACGGCGGUUCUGACGCGCAACCACUUAGCGGAGCUGACUGGCCUGACACUUCCGGCCAAAAUUGUUUUCGAUCACCCUAAUCUGAAAGCACUCGGCCAGUUCCUGCUGCCGAAGCUUUUAGAAGCAGCUACAGAUCUGUCACCGGCUCCUACAGUUGCUGUAGUGGAAGGCAGUGUCGCAGCACCCGUUAUUUUCGGUUGGAAUACAGCCACAAUCGAAAAGGGUUGUCUCGACCCCCAACUUCGAUUUGAUAAUGCGAUUCAAGUAGCGGCAUGCCCAAAAGCAAUAUUCAUUACCGGCGUAACUGGCUUUGUUGGCGCCUUCCUCCUGCAUGAGCUGCUCGAGUUAAAUAUCAUCGCUUACUGUCUAGUGCGCGCCGACGAUGUCAUUCAGGCCACGCAGCGGCUAGUGAGGAUACUGGAAGGCUACGGUCUCUGGAAGGAGAGCUACAUGCCAUUGAUCAACCCGGUGGUGGGCGAUCUGACGCAGCCCUUGCUGGGGCUAGACGAGGAGGCCUUCGAAAAGUUGGCGGGCCGAGUCGACGCUAUCUGCCAUACUGGCGCGCUUGUAGACUGGAUGCGUCCGCUGGAGGACUACGUUGGCCCAAAUAUCAUCAGCACGCAUGAGGUUCUGCGCCUAGCAUCGCGCGGCUGCUGCAAGACAAUUGCGGAGCAGAUGGUUGCGGCUGCGCGCUGGCGCGGCGCUAAAGCAUCGGUGUACCGAUUGCUAUUCGUCACGGCAUCAACUCGUUCUGGCCACUUCCGACUUGAUCGUGGUGAUUUUCUGCAUAACUUGAUCGUUGGUGGUAUUGAAAUGGGUAGUUUCUCGUCCCUCAAUGCCGACCUCUCGGCUGUGCUGCCGAUCGAUUACCUGUGCAAGACCAUUACCACAAUGGUGACGAAGGGUCCAGCGACAGUUGGUCGUGAGUACGACUUCAUUAACGCAAAUGCGUCCAGCUUCAAUACCUUUUUCAAGCUGGUCAGUGCCGCUAGUGGCGUGGGAGAAAUUAUCCACUUUGAUGAGUGGCGGGAACGGGCACUGGCGUGGGCUGCUGCGAAACCAACUAGUUCCCUCGCCCGAAUCAGUGCUGUUGUGGAUAGCCUCACGGAGGAAAGCGCAGCCACCAUGUUUAGGUGCUUACCAGUGGAUGAGCACGUCUUUGACACCAACGAUUGCUGCAAUCCAUUGGUCGAUGAGCAGUUCGUUCAGAAAUAUUGGCAACGCAUUAACGCAGUGCGGGUCGUUUCAUAG